UAUUUUACUUUAGUUGUCAUCCAAAACCAUUCGAACGACGCGAAAGUUAUGAGCAAUUCUGAUACAAUCAUAUAUAUGAACUAUAGCAAAAUUACAAAAUAAAUUUCGUACAGAAGUUGAAAGGUUGUAUAAAGAAAACAGUCGCCGAAGUAAUUGAUAUAGAAAUAAAAGAAAAAUUUAGAAUAUCCAAAUAUUUCCAAAAGUUUUAAUUCCAUUAUGAUCUACAUAAUUGACAGUGCUUCAAUUAUUCAAGAAGUACGUAAUCAUCCAUGUAUAUGGGAUACAACGAACAUUCAUUAUCAGAAUGAGCGAGUUUGUGCUUAUGCUUGGAGGCAAAUAGUUUAUAAAAUUAUGCCAAGAAUACCUCCUGAAGACCAUAGAAGAAUUUUUUGUUCUGUUAAACGACGAUGGAGAAAAAUGGUAAACUCUUUCAUAAAAUACAGAUCAAGAAGAAAAUUGGAACUGCUUGAUCAUAAUUCGAAUGUGUAUCAACAUUAUGAUUUAUUAUCAUUCUUGAAUAAAAUAAUUAUAAAUAAUCCAGAUAAUAAAAGGAUAUUUACUUAUUCAGGAACAAAACCCAAAUACUCAGAGUCUUUGAUUGAUUCUGAUUGUGAAAUAAUUGACAGUUCAGAUGAUGAGAAAGAAUCUGUGAAAACAAAUGGAAUAAAACAUGAACCAGUUGACAAUAAUGAAAAUGGUCCUGCCCAAACGGACACUGAUAUUUGUGCUGAUGAUUCAGCCUUUUUUUCAUCGUUGAAACCGAUUUUGAAAGAAUUUACAAAAGAUCAAAAAGAUCUGUUUACAUCAAAAGUCUUAGACGUUGCUAAGAGUUUACAAAGCACAGGAGGCGUUAACGAAACUAAUGGAGAAUUAGUUAAUGAGAUGCUGGACAUCAAUCGUUCUAAUUAA